CGACGCCACUAGAGGCGGGCCCAAAGACCAGCGCAAGCGCAGAGCCUUGCGAGUCUCGGGACCCCGGUGGGAGAGACUAUGGCGCUCAACAAGAAUCACUCAGAGGGCGGCGGAGUGAUCGUCAACAACACUGAGAGCAUCCUAAUGUCCUAUGAUCAUGUGGAGCUUACCUUCAACGACAUGAAGAAUGUGCCAGAGGCCUUCAAAGGGACCAAGAAAGGCACCGUCUACCUUACUCCGUACCGGGUCAUCUUUCUGUCUAAGGGGAAGGACGCCAUGCAGUCCUUCAUGAUGCCCUUUUACCUGAUGAAGGACUGUGAGAUUAAGCAGCCGGUGUUCGGUGCGAACUUCAUUAAGGGAAUAGUGAAGGCUGAAGCAGGAGGUGGCUGGGAAGGCUCCGCCUCCUACAAGCUGACCUUCACAGCAGGGGGCGCCAUUGAGUUUGGGCAGAGGAUGCUCCAGGUGGCAUCUCAAGCCUCCAGAGGUGAAGUCCCCAAUGGAGCCUAUGGGUACCCUUACAUGCCCAGCGGGGCCUAUGUCUUUCCCCCGCCAGUCGCCAAUGGAAUGUACCCCUGCCCUCCUGGCUAUCCCUAUCCACCACCCCCACCCGAGUUCUAUCCAGGACCUCCCAUGAUGGAUGGGGCCAUGGGCUAUGUACAGCCCCCACCACCACCCUAUCCUGGGCCCAUGGAGCCUCCGGUCAGUGGCCCCAGUGCCCCCGCUACUCCUGCAGCCGAGGCCAAGGCUGCAGAAGCCGCUGCCAGCGCCUAUUACAACCCAGGCAACCCACACAAUGUCUACAUGCCCGCGAGCCAGCCUCCGCCACCACCCUACUACCCCCCAGAAGACAAGAAGACCCAGUAGACCCUGCCCACUUCCCGCCUCUUACCGAGAGACCCCUUCCUGGGCCUCCCGUGGGGCUGCAUCUGGGAUUCCAGGAGGCCAGGGAGGGCCCUGUUCUUCCCCAGGCCUGAGUAUAAAGUUAGCAGGAGCUAGCCCUGAUAGAAAGGUGGAACUCCUGGCCUCUGAGAGGCACGUCCCAGCUUCUCGCCCUAGCUCAGCUCACAGCGCUCUUCUUCCCAGCUUCCCUUUCACCAUCUCUGGAGCUUGCAGGAGCACGGGGUGACCCUUGUUCCUCAUGAUAGUAGCCCCACACAUACAGAGGGACUCUCUGGCCACUCCUCACUGCUGCCCAGCCCCUUCAGCCUGGUGACCAUUGUUCUUCAUCUCUUGGGCUCCUAAGACCAGCCAUGCGUCUCCCCAACAGGCCCUGCCAAGCCGUGUUCACAUUCCUUACCCCUGGUGUGCGCCUGGCUCUGGAAGGCCACUGUCCCAGCAGACUGUCAAUCCACAGUCACACUUACCCGGCCACCUUGUUCUUUGUGGGAGCUUCCAGGGAUUUUGCUGGGCGCUUCCAGUGGCUGGCAUCAGAGGCAAAGCCACCGUGUUACAGAGGAAGCCCCUCUGCCCCUAUGCUACUGUUUCUGGGAAUUAUUCACCUCCUCUCCUCUCCCCUUUACAGGGGGCUGCUCUGCAGGAGGGAUAGAGAAUGCAUGUCUGUCCCGCCAGGCCCUUUGAUCUGGGACUGAGGCCCUCCAACUAUGUGACCUCUAACCUGCAGUCCGCCCCUCUGUAAGCUUCACGCCCCCUGGAUGCACUAAGAAUUGCUCUUGUUCCUUCCUGGUCCAGACACAAAAUGAGGAGAUGGUUAUUUAAAGAGAAUUCCUAUUUAUUUGACACAAAAUGUCCAGUUAAUAUAUUAAUGUGAAAUAAACCCUGUUUGCACCUUGAUUUGUUUGCUACAACUGUGAAAUAGUAAAAAACGAAGUGACUGGA